CCUAAAGGAAAAGUCGGUACAAAGGGGAAGAAACAGAUUUAUGAGGAGAACAAAGAGACGCUGAGCUUUUAUCUGCGAAUCAUUCUGGGGGCCACUGUUUUGUAUGGAGCCGUCAGUCUGGGAAUCUUCUACAGUUCGUCCUCCUUCUGGAGCUGGGCCUUUCUGGUUUUCAGUGGAGCUGUGUACACUGCAGCAUAUCGCUCCAUGCGAGGAAUGGCCCAAGCAUCCUUCUCAGAAGAUGGAACUUUGCUGGAUGGGGGAAUUGACCUGAACAUGGAGCAAGGAAUGGCUGAACACCUGAAGGAUGUGGUGCUUCUGACGGCCAUUGUGCAGGUUCUGAGCUGCUUCUCUCUCUAUGUCUGGUACUUUUGGCUGCUGGCUCCUGGACGGGCUCUGUAUCUGCUCUGGGUAAAUGUACUUGGCCCCUGGUUUACAGCAGACGACUCCUCCACUGCUCCACCAGAACAAAAUGAGAAACGCCAGAGACGCCAAGAAAGACGACAGAUGAAACGCUUCUGA